UUCAUAAAAAAUUUUUUAAAAAUAGAGAAGUUCAUUCAUAAAAGCUGCAAAAUUCCGCCGUGCCUCAAAGAGAAGAGACAGAGGGGUGGAAAGUUGAUGUGGAGGUUAAGCAGAGCUGGAAGCCUGGCAACUGUCUGGGUCAUUCUAGUGGGACUACUCGGCAGGACUAGAGCACAGCAGACUGGACGUUAGACUACACGGGACAUCCGCUGUCCCACGCUGUGCUCCACCUCGUCCAGUUUCUUGAUUAUGAGAGAGCAAACCUCACCCAGGUUCAAAUCACAGACGGGACUUCUACCAGGCAUGCUGAAGCGCACCAAAUACAGUCGUCUGCGCAACGAUUCGCUGACGUCCCUAGAGGAUCGGCCCCAAAGAAUGCUGCCCUCAAAGAGGGACCUUUGCCUUGACUCUGAUUUUGCACAGCUGGAUGCCGGAGCGCCGACACACCAAGGAACGUCCACCCUGAGGGACUUCAUCCCCCGCGUGGCCAACAUCCGAUUGCAAAGUCCAAUUUCCCUUUGGGGCCUGAGGGGACAGACGAACACAGACCGGGACAGAACCAUUGAUGGACACACUGACAGACCCUUAUCCAGGGCAGAAUGGGGCUCAGGGCCUGAUCAGAGAUUUUGUAGCCAACCUUCCCUCAAUGUGCCCCUAUCCACUGGCCAAAACCUGACCCACUCGGCUCUGCGCUGCACAAAAAGAUCCAUCACCCUGCAUCGGAUUACCAGCCUCCCCUGGACCCCCGACUGUCCUCCUUGCUCACAGCACAGAGACGGUCUGUGCCCUUUGAAGACUUCCUCAGCAGUAGACCACUGUGCAGUGGUGGGGAUGGCAAGCAGAAUGGUUCACCAUCACAUCAAGUACAUGGGUAGUGUGGAAGUGACCCAGUCCAUGAGAACCCUCGACUUUAAUAUGAGAAUGAAAGUCACACGAGAGGCAAUCAGCAGACUGUGUGAGAGGACAUCAGCAGUGAAAACUAAAAGGCCUGUCUACAAGGGACUGUCUGCUCUUCUGGGUCAAAUCAACCUACAGUUUUCAGGGAGCAGAAUCAUCGUCACUGUCUCCACAGACAGUGUGACUCUUAUCGCUGCCGCCUCCUUUCAGAAGAUUGCCCACCACCCCAUGCAGGCCAUUUCAUUUGCCUCAGGAGGAGAUCCAGACAUGGCUGAUUACAUCGCUUAUGUUGCCAAGGACCUCGUCAAUCAGAGAGCAUGUCACAUCCUGGAGUGUCCAAAGGGUCGUGCCAGUGAGGUUAUCAACAGCAUCGGUCAGGCCUUCGAAACACGUUUCCGACAACUUCUGAACCACACGCCAUCGCUCCUCUCCAACAAUCCCAGGUCAGCAGUGAGGAUCUGUCACAAAUGGAGCACAGAGGAGACGAUAACGGAACAAAAGGCCAAGCGAGCCAGCGAGCACCGUGACUACUACAAUAUGAUCCCUGGAAAGACACCACCCGCUGCUGGAAUAGAGGACCUGCGGAUCACGAGCGCGGAGAACAAACAGGAUCCUGAUAUAAUGGGGGUUUGUUCAUCUCAGCCUCUUUCACUGUAUGAGAACUGCUCCAUCACAGAAGAAACUCCAGCUCCACCUGCAGACUCAGUGGUAUCUGACAUCAGUGCUGAACAGUGCAUUCCUCUCUCUGAGACACGGAUCCAGGACCUGAUCCAGGAGGAAGUCUGGUUCCACGGCAGAUUAGGAAGGGAGCAGGCGGAGUCACUUCUCACCUGUAGCGGUGAUUUCCUGGUCAGAGAGAGCAGCUCUGCCUCUGGUCAGUACGUACUCAGCGGGAUGGAGGGAGCCACCGUGCGCCACCUACUGCUGGUGGAUCCACAUGGACAGGUGCGGACCCGAGAUCAGGUGUUUCUGAGUGUUGUUCACCUGGUGCGAUUCCACAUGGAGAACCAGAUGCCCAUCAUUUCUGGAAGCAGUGAGCUGUGUCUGAGACAGCCAAUCCUACAAAGACACUAACACACACACACACACACACACACACACACACACACACACAUUCAUAGCAUGUAUAAAUUAGCCUGCAGCAGCGGUUCUCUACGGUUUUGAGCUGAGGCACAACGUGCACAAGCAAAACAACUUUAAACCUGUCAACAUGUGAGACAUUACUGAGUACAUAUACUGUACAUGUGCAGUGAGUUGUUUCUUAAUAUUUGAGUCAAUUCUCACUCUUGUGCACACUGUGCCUCACCCCGCGUUGACUACAGCUGCUGGCCUGCAGAACAUCCUAUCCCUCUCAGGCUAAAUUAGCUGGUGUUUACUCAAAGUCGAAGCAUAAUCACUGGUGUCAGCAGACACCAUGUUGGCAGACUUUCAGAAUCUUUUUUCUUUUUGACAUGUGAAAUUUGUCUUGUGUUCAUUUGUUUUUGAUUUGUUAGUGCUUCGUGUCCCCAUUUCCCAUGCUUGACUUUUGAAUCCGACUUGUUUGUUACAUUCUGUAUAAAAAAUUAAAAUGCUCUUUGUCAACAGAGACUACAGCAACAGAUGUGCAGUCUCAGAUAAGAUGGCAAAUAUGCAAAUAGUAAUGUUUUUUUGUUUCCAAUAAGGUAAUCAAAUACAUCAUCAGUUCUUUUACAGAAUGGAUCACUGGAUUUAGUUUUUAAUUUGCCAACAUAUAUUUUGAGGUUACACAUGGCCGUUGAAGAUAUUUCCCACUUUCAGUUAUGUGCUGUUUGGCUCCUUUAUCCCACAGAUCAAAAAGGACAUAAGUAUUUGAUAGUGGAGGCUCGAGGGAAGUUGUGAGUGCAUUUUGUUUUCAGGAUUAUUUCAGCAAGCAAACUGUACAUUAGUCAGAUGAUUUAUAGAUCAUUGUAAACAAUAUACUUUUUAUUGUGUUUAAUUUGUACUUACACGUGUAGCUGAGACAUAAAGGUGUAAUUUGCUGUCUUAUUUUGGAGGAGUCUAUUUCCUGAAGAGUCCAACAGAAGAGGAAGAGUUGAUUGAUUUAAUAUAUUUUUUACAUUUGCGUGUGAAGUGUGACCAAAGAGACAUGGAGUCAAGUACCUCUGGGAAGACUUCUGGAGACACACACGCACCAAAUGUCCCUUCAAUAAAAGUACAAAGCUACUUUUAUUUAAAAAGUUCUUGAGGACACAAAAAUAAUAGUUUUACUAUUGUAAAAAACAACAACCAGUGAGUGUUAGCCAAGCGAAGGGGCUACAACAUACACGUAAUUGAAGACAAUUGGAUAAUACCUACAUCUCGCGUAACAUUAGCAACGGGAUCCAGAUCCAGGAGAAACACUGCUGAAACAGAGAAGACAUGAUUGAAAUGGAGGUAAUGAAAUCAGUUAUAACACUUGUUUUGGUCUGUUUAAAGUUCUCUUUAAAUAUCGAUACAAUUAAUAUGUAUUUUUGGAUUUAAUGAUAGGACAAGGUGUUGGUGCGAA